AUGUCACGCCGGACACGUCCUCGAUUCGAUCGAGAUGCUGCUGCAAUAACCAUAGCACUAGCGCUUGCAACCGUCACCUCGUCAUUCGAGUUGCUGCGUAUCCCGCUCGAGAAUUUCGACCAGAUGCAGUUCAUCGGUUCUAUUGACGUGGGCUCCCCACCGCAGCGCUUUCGGGUUAUUUUCGAUACUGGAUCGAGCGAUCUUUGGCUACCUGAGACCAACUGCAUCGCCUGUGCCGGCUCAAGCCGCUACCAUGCAGCCGCUUCUCACUCGCAUGAAGCACUCAAUGAAUCCUUUCGACUUGCGUACGGCAGUGGAAAUGCUUCCGGGUACGUCAUGCGUGAGCAGCUCUCGCUACUGGGAAGCGAUACUGCCAGCAAAAGCUUGACCUUGUCGAGAGUACGCAUGGGCAGCGCGGGCAAGACGACCGAGAGACUGCAGCACUUUAAGGCCGACGGUAUUGUCGGGCUCGGACUUGAAGCACUGGCGCAGAUCACGAAGCCUAGUCUGCUCAAUUUAGACCCUAGACUCAAGCUCUUCUCCAUUUACAUCAACCCGAUGCCUGGCAUGCUACCGUCGGCACAGCUGAUCGUUGGUGGGGUAGACGAUACGCUCCCAAUUGCUCAUUUGCCGCAGAGUAGCAGGUUACAAGUCACGUGGCACCACUUUCCAUUGGUGAGGUAUCCGUCCACCCAAAGAGCUCACGGGUUCUGGUCCGUUCAACUGCAUCAGUUUGCAGUCGAGAGCUUGGGUUCAUCAGUUGAUGCGAUCUCAAUGCAUCGGUCAAGCAGGACGAGAGAGGAGGUUGUAGUGAUCUCAGCUGCCGUGGCGAUUGUGGACUCGGGCACCUCAUUGAUCUUGCUCCCGCGACGUGCCUAUGAGGCAACUAUCGCACAGAUUCAACAGCAUCUGCGUGAGCAGCAUGACCGCGAGCUCUGUACUGACCCGCGGGCAGUGAGCAGCUGCUCUUGUGUGGGCUGCACAGCGGAGAUGUUUCCAGCACUUCGGUUCACUUUUGUAGUGGAAGGAGCUUCGAGCGAAAAGGAGCCGAAGAGCCAGACGCUGGCACUGCAAGGAACGGACUACGUCCGCUGCGAAGACUUGGUCUGUACCCCACAGCUGGGCGAGCAUGAGCUGUCCACAGCUACAGAGAGCAAGGAGCAAGCACCAUCUUCGGCAUCGACCGUGGUCUCCAACGUUUUACAGGAGGACGAGCAGGAGCAAGUCGUGGUGCUAGGUGCAGCGUUCCUGCGCGCUUACUACGUGCAGUUCAACGCGGUUCGAGAGACAGUUGGGUUUGCCUGUGUCGAGACGCCGUCUUCCAGUAUUGAAGGCGCUACAAGUGUUUGCUCGGGAGGUUGGGCACCCAAGCUACAGUUCCGCUCGACACGGUUUGCAAAUGCAGAGAUCUCAUGGUGGCGACCUGGCAGCGUCCUCUGGUAUCAAAUGUACCUGGGAAUUGGCGUGCUGCUAUUCAUUGCAGCGUUUGCUCUGCUGUGGCUCACCUUCACAGUGUCUUCAUGUGAUCUGGGGAAGACGCUGGACUAUUUUCAUGCGUGGUCCAGUAGCUACAGUCGAUUACAGGAGCAGCAAAUGGUAAGGUCGGCACUCGUUUCGAGUUUCUGUGGCUGCCACCAAACACAAGUGCUGGAAAGCGGAUUAGCAGAUGAUGAUGGAUGCGGUUGUAUCGAUGUAAACAACAAUGUAUCGGAGACACUCAACUUAGAGUCCAAGACACUGCGUACGACCCCUGUACCGACGUCACGCCGGACGAGUCUGAGCAUCAACGUGGACACAGGGAGCUAG